AGAGACUCGCAUAGGCCUGCCAGUCAUUGAGACGAACAAGGCGCUAAAGGCAGGCUAGAAUCUGACAGGAUGGGCGGGGCAAACUAAUGAGAUAGCUCAGGCGGGUGUGCUGUGUUCUGGGGGCGGUGGUGGCGCUUCGUUCUUCUUGUGGCCGGAGCAGCAGGGUCUAGAGGCAGCCAUGGGGGCGCAGCUGAGCACCCUGGGAAGAAUCGCAAUGUCUCCAAUAUAUAUUAUGUUCAACUUGAUCAUUAAACUUUUCUGGAAGUCUAAGCCUGCCAUUACUCUGGAGAAUCCAGAUGUGAAAUAUCCAUUAAGGCUGAUUGACAAAGAGGAGAUCAGUCAUGACACCAGAAAAUUUCGUUUUGCACUUCCGAGUCUAGACCACAUUCUAGGCCUUCCUAUUGGGCAGCACAUUUAUCUUUCGACAAGGAUUGAUGGGAAUCUGGUAAUCAGGCCCUACACGCCAGUCUCCAGUGAUGAUGACAAAGGUUAUGUGGAUCUCGUUGUCAAGAUAUAUUUCAAAGGAGUUCACCCAAAAUUCCCUGAAGGAGGGAAGAUGUCACAGUAUUUGGAAAGUCUGAAGAUAGGGGACACGAUUGAGUUCCGUGGGCCCAGUGGACUCCUUGUUUAUAAGGGGAAAGGUGUAUUUGCCAUUCGUCCAGACAAGAAAUCUGAACCAGUGCUUAAACAUGUGAAAUAUGUUGGCAUGAUAGCAGGUGGAACAGGAAUUACCCCUAUGUUGCAACUUACUCGAGCGAUUAUGAAAGACAAAGAUGACCCCACCAUUUGUCACUUAUUGUUUGCUAAUCAGACUGAGAAAGAUAUUCUGUUACGUCCAGAACUUGAGGAAGUGCAGGCUCAGCAUUCCAGCCGCUUUAAAUUGUGGUACACGUUGGAUAGAGCACCUGAAAACUGGGAUUACAGCCAAGGAUUUGUGAAUCAAGAUAUGAUCAAGGAGCACAUGCCCCCACCGCAAGAUGAUGUUCUUAUCCUGAUGUGUGGACCUCCUCCGAUGAUCCAGUAUGCCUGCAUUCCCAACCUGGAUAAACUUGGAUAUAGCAAGGAGAUGAGGUUUGCCUACUAAAAUGGAGUGGAGCUGGACUAAAUGGGAUUGGUGUAUGUGGUGAGGAGGGGGAGAAUGGAAGGAAAGCUUUGAAACAGGGAACAGCAAGACUAAAGCCAGAAAAAGUGGCUCAUGUGCAGAGGUAUGAUGCUACAUUUGGAAGGCUACCAAAUCAUCUAUAUGAGUUUAGUGUGUCUUUGUUAGUGCCACAUUGAACUUUUGUAGAUGGAUAACUGUUGUACACGGUAUAAAGCUUUGCUAUGCUUCAAUCUGUAAAAGGGCGACCAAGACUGAGGAACACUUUCAUAAUGGUAUAAGCACAUGUAGCCAGACUCUGCAUCACCAAAGUUUCUUGCAUAUAGCUUGUGUGCCUGAUAACCAGAUAUCAAGCUGUUGUUUAUACAAGCAGCAUUUUUGUUUGUUCUUACUAUCUGCCACAAUACUUUAAAAUGGGAGGGUUAAGAAUAGCUGUAUUUAAAUACACAGUGUCUUCAGUAAUUGAUGUUGUGGCUGCCUUUAUUUGAAGACUCGUGACAUGCCUGAUUUAGGAAGAGUGCUAAUUUAAUACAAAUGCAUAUGGAAGCAAGUGUGUAUAUUGACAUGACUAAUUUGAGAAGAUUAAUGCAAAUACAUAGAGAAGUAUGUAUGCUGAAGAUCAUAGUUUGUCUCAGUACGGAAUAGUAUCCUUUAAAGUCCUUAUUAAUCAUUCCUAAGCCAAAGCACAGAAAACAUUCAAAGAGGGUAGGUUUUGAAAACAAUUAUUCCUUAAUUCCUUCCACCCCAUAUGAUUAAGUAGGAAAGAAUUUCUAAUGUCCAAGUCACAAACAUAUAUACAGUAUAUGUGUGAAAGGGAGUCCUAUUUAAUGUUUAAGGGAUACACAUUUUAACUUGUUUUUCCAGAAUGUUAAAGUCUAAAGAUAUUGUUGAGUAGUCUGUUGAAUUAUCUGGAAGGAAAUGUAUAUUACUUAACUAAUUUAAACAGAAUGAUUUUUACUGUCUGAAGAGAUUUCCUAAUUUAAAAAACUUGCCCCCCAUUGUAUUUGGAUUCAACACCCUUUAGACAAAGAAUCCUAAUGGUGAUCCCAAACAUGUGGGUAAGAAUAAAGAUGGUAUUUUAUACAAGUCCUUUAAUAUUAACAUGGUAAAUUGCUGACUAGCAAGUCUCCACUUGUAAAGAGACUCAUGGCAGGAUUCCACUAAAAUGAACUACUGUGGCUGUAUGAAAAGAUAUAUGACAGCUCACAUGCAGGAAUUGCUGAGAAUGUUUUAGUUAUCCCAACUUUGGCAGCAGCUUAGGUCACUAUCUCAGGCAUAUAUCUUGUGCAAGCCACAUUGAAAUGUGGGAGAAAUGAGGGUGUUCGUCUGUAGCUCCUACUCAAUUCAGUGUGGCUUUUGAAGACACACAUCCUGGUAGACUGCUCCCUUAGCCAUCAUUUAUUUGGGCAAGACGUUUGGUGUUAGAACUUCUUGUCGGUUGAUUUUAAGUAGUUGUAUUAUUGCAUCUGUACUUCACAAAAGAUGGUCACAGACAUACAGUGCAGCAAAAUGCAAACAAUGUAGCACCAGCCACACUGCUACCUGUCUCCAAAUCUGCUGAGGAAUAAGCCUGUUCUGUUGCUUGACUUAAGUCUCAAGUACAGUUGUGCAACAUGACGUCCAUUAUUUUCAGUGAACAUCAUGUCAAGUGACUGAGAUCUUGAAGGAACAGGGCUGUUCCGCAACAGCAGGGGUGAGGUUUAGAAACACACAGCAGCACAGGCAGUGCUCGGCUGCUUGUGUUUUGCUGUGCUGUAUAUCAGUGACUUGCGGGGAGGGGUGGGGAAUAACAUCUAAAUCUUAGAAAAGCUAUAACGGUAACAAGCAGCACAGGCAACAACAUGAAGUUUUUUCUGUGCAGUGGAAUGGAGUGUAUCCAUGAAUGGGUUUCUCCUCCCAUGACAGACCCAAUCAUAUGACAGAUCCCAUGUCUUUGUAUGGGGGAGGUGCUCACUGUACCCCACCCCCUCAGUUAUGAGCUUCUGCAGAUCAGCAGUAUAGAACAAUACCCACCACCACUCACAGCCACCCUAAAGUCCCACCACAACCUCUGCUUUAUUGCUCAGUGCCCACCACCCCCUCUCCUCCCCACCACCACUUUCAGCAGCCCCACUUGCAGCCAUCUCUACAUUCCCCCACUUUCAGCUUGAGAAGGGAACCUCCCUAAGGAAACACUUGAAUGGGUGUAAGUUAGACCCCCUUCUGUCUACUCGUAGGACUGAAGAGAUAGUGGAUAUCUGUCUGAGGGUAUUGGACCACAGUACAGACUGCGCUGGAUAAAGGGAGAAUGGUGCUGCUCACCAGUGUACCAGAAAUGAAAGGUCCUCCACAUGGCUUGGUAAAUAUAAUUGGUGGAUUGCCUUCUAGAUACCAUAGUAGUAUCUAGCACUCUGCCAUCAUAGUCCUUCUGCUCAAUCUCCAUGCCAUCAGAUGCAACCAGUCUGAGUGGAGAACAGGCCCUUGAGAGAGCAAGGUAGGGCCAGAGGAGGUUCCCAUAAGAAGUGGACAAGGCUCCAAGAUCACACCCUCUAGGUCCAGCAGGGAGCUACCAGAAUAACUUUCAUUUGUGCUACUUUGAGGAACCUUUGGCAUUACUUUGGAGAAAGGCAUAAAGAGGCCUUAGCCAUUGAGUUCUCACAGAUGAACCUUGACGCAGAGUGGAGUAACCUGGAUUUGCUUAGUGAAGUAAAUAGGUCCAAUUACACAGGGCUCAGCCUGCCAACCAAAUCCAGCAAUGUUGAUUGACUCAGGCUCCACUCUGAAUUCACAAGCAGAUUGGCUAAGUUGCCAGGACUUGGACCAAGCAAAGUCCCCUUGCCAUUAUCAGAAUGUUCCUCCAUGCUGGUGAAGAGAAAGUGACCUCCUCCGCCAGGGAUGUGGAUCCUUGUUGGUUUACAUUGGCCUUUGCUGUGGAAUUGUCCACUCAGGUUAGCAAGUGGUAAUAUUCCUGUGCUGGUUAUAAUACCAGGAAAGUCAGUCUGGUUGCCCAGAGCUCCAGCCACUUAAUGCUGUGUACAGUCAAGGCUAUCUGCCUUGAACUAUUAGUUGAUUGCAGUGAACUUCCCAUCCCUUCUGACUCACAUAGGUGGUCACCUAUGUAUUGAUAGUUAGUCUCCAGGAAGGAGAUGGUGGGGUUUUUUGGUUUGUUUUUUUUAAAAAUGCCAGUUAAAAAUGGGGGGGGGGGUUGAGUUGAAAAUAAGUAAAGUAAGGACCAUCCUGUAGUGAAUAAAAGGUAACUUCAGAAAUUAAAGUCUUUUUGCAGUCAUUGCUAUCUUGACUAGAAAUGCAAGACACCCAUUUUCUGAACUCUCUAAUAAUAAUAUCCCUGUAAACAAUGGAAAUUAGAGACUCAUUUUAAGGAAAAGUAGUUUGGAGCAUUGCAUUGCUUCUCAUGGUGAAUGUAUUUUGUCUGUCUUGCUUCUGGCCAAAUUUUGAAGGCCAUAGAAACAAUACAAACAUAUCUAAAACUUACUAGAGGUAAAGUGGGCUUAGGUUGUGUAGGGAUCAGGAGGAAGCAGACUCCAAGCUACCCAAUUUAAAGGUUCAGGUUUUUCUUGGUUUUUUCCUACCCAUAGCAAGCCUCUUUCAGCAUCUACCCCUUUUUGACUAAGUCCAUCCACACAAAGAGGCAGGACAAUAGGCUGCUUGUUUCCCUAUAGGAGGGUAUCACAGUUCUUUCAGGAAAGAAAAUGUCUCCUAAAUGAACAGGGGAACCAAUUCAAGAGUAUAUUAUAUCCAGCAUUCUCCAGAGCAAAGCAGAAGGCAGACCAGAAAAAAGCUGGUAAUAAUCCACAAGCAAAGAACACCAGUGAGAAGUAUCUUGUGUAGAGGGAGCAGUCUGCUCUCUUGGCAGAUACUUAUCUCUACGCGUUUGUAUUCGCAGAGUGAAGUAGAAAGUGUUAGUGUUGUCAAAAAAAGAAAACCAAAUGAAGCUAUGGAGGAGUAAAUAGUCUAGCUCCAGUCUGCACUAAAUUCCCUGGUUGGAUUUUUGCUUAAUAUUUGUAUCACUGUGGGAUUAAAGAGCCUUAAUUUUUCAUAAAUAUAUUACUGAGAUGUGUAAUAACUUCAGCUCAUCUCACACAAACUUUAUGUAUUAAUCUUGCCUAUUCCAUUAUAGGACUUUUCCAACUGUUUGUGGUAGAAAUAAAACUGUUGGUUUGCUUA